AUGAACAGUUUGGUGUCUGUGGCCUUGGGGUUGGCCCUCAGCCCUGUCAUGGUGGUGGCCCAUGGAGACCAUCAUAAGAUAGAGGGUGGGAAAGUGAUAUCAGCAGAUCCUCUGGAUUCUACAUUAUGGAUUCACAUCCUGCUGAUGACACUGGCCUUCGGACUCAUCUUCCCAACCGGGAUGGUUCUUGGUAUCAUCCGGUCUCGAUACCAUGUCCCUGUCCAAGUCGUCGGUACCGCCGUGGCCAUUGUCGCGUACUUCCUCGGUCAUCUGCACAAGGGCCGCCAAUUCGCUCCGAAUAUCCAUGCCUCCUUCGCAACCUCGUUGAUGCUCAUGCUGGUACUCCAGGUCGUCUUGGGCGUGUACCUGAAACUCCACCUCGAAAAGGGAUUCCACGGCCGAAUUCGCAACUAUGUGGUUGUAACCCACGGAGUCGUCGGGAAGAUCAUGCCGCUUGUGAGUUGGAUUCAGAUGAUAUUCGGAGGUAUUACGGCUCUUGGGUUCUGCCGGGAGGACCACCUUGGUCAAUGCCUUGCCCAUUUUAUUAUGGGAAGCGCGUUCAUCGCAUAUGGAAUCCUUCUCACCAUCUUACUUCUGGUCGGGCAAUUCUGGCUGCGCCGAACCGGACGGAGUCAAGAAUUCUUCGACUCGGCUGUCAUCACUGCCUGGGGCUGCGUCAACACCUUUACCGAGCACCGUUGGGGAUCAAAUUGGAGUCAUAGUGAUAUGCAGCACACAACCAUGGGAGUCAUUUGGUGGUGUGCCGGUCUGCUUGGAAUGUGGCUGAGUAGGAAGCGAAAUGGCCGACCAAAGAGAAAUAUCUUCCCAGGAGUAGUAAUUCUCCUUACCGGAUAUGCCAUGUCUUCUCACGCCCAGCAUCUUAUGCUCAGUACCAUGAUUCAUUCAGUGUUUGGAUACACUUUGAUGGCUGCUGGUGCUGCAAGAAUCAUUGAGAUAUCCUUCAUCCUCGAGGAUCGUAGCACUCUCAGCCCAGAUGGUUCCGAUCCAAACAGCUUCCAGUAUCUCACCCCAUACCUUCUCCUUGCCUCUGGCUUCAUUUUCAUGGGCGCCACAGAAGAACAGAUGCAACUAUUAUCCGAUGCCGGAGUUGGCCAUGUCGCGUAUCUCCUCGUCCUUUACAGUCUGGCCUGCCUCCUAUUCUUGUUCGUGAACGUUCUUCUCCACAUCUACGCAGUCCAUGCCUGGCCAGAAAGUGCUGUCUAUACUAGACAUGCCCACAGUCAUUUACCUGGUCGGUACCCCCACCAUACCAGGGCACCAACUUCCUUCGGCUUGGAUGGAGCACCUCCCUCCGCCGGCAUGAAUGGUAGCAUUCCCACCCCUUCCCAAGCUCGAAAUAUUUGUGACGCCCAAGAAUUUGAGCUCGAAGGAUUAAUCGGUGCCACUGACAAAGAUCGUGACGAAGAGGAUGCUCCUAUUAUCGGAGGAGCUGCCAAGUUUUAG